GUUAUAUCAUCAACAGCCAAAUAAAAUUUAAAAUGACAAAGGUUGAUCUACUUAUUAAUGAUACAACGAGGAUCAUUUCUAGUGAAGAUAAAGGAUUAUUACUUAGUUUACUAGGAUCUAAUCCAUAUACUAAUCCAGUUGGAAGUAUCCUGCUUGUAUUAUUAAUUGGAUUGAUAUAUUAUACAUUCAUAUAUAAAAGGGAGAAAGGAUCGAAGAAAUCAAAAUCACCUGCCGCAACUCAUUACCAUCUUCAAAAGAAUAGAACAUUUGGUGAAUGGAUUCCUGAUUAUAAUUUCAAAACUCCAACUCCAACUGAAUUCAAAAAUUGGGAUAUCAAACUUACCAAGCCUAUUCCAUAUCGUGCCUUUAAACAUAAAUAUCACAUUACUAUGGGGAUCAGAAGUAUGGACUGGAAUUCAUGGGUCGAGUUAGAUAACCAAUGGGAAAAGUAUCAUAAUGAUAAAUUGAACAGAUUACAGGAAAGAGGCACUGAAUGUUAUAACACUAGUGAAAAAGCUUGGGAAGCUGGUUGGGAAUUAUUAGCAGAAUUAAAAACAUAUUUAUCAAUCAGAUAUCCUACUUUAUUUGUAGAAACUGAUAUUGGACUUAAUAAUCUUGUUACAGGUGAGAAAUUUGAUUUUAGAAGAAGAGAAAAGACUGGAGCUGAAGAAGAUGAUCCUUGUUUAAUUGCUGGGAAAUUAUUACAAGAUGAUAUUGCCAUCAUGAUUGAACAUGAUGAUGGUAAUUAUUCUUUAGAAGGUGGAUCAAUUUUAUUGGCAGGAUUCUGGAGAUUAAAGGAUAAGUUUCAAAUGAAAUUAAAUGAAAUCCAUACCUCUGGAGAUGUUCCUCAUUACGAAUCUAAAUUACAAAAUGGUAUGACUAAAUUUUUCCAAAGAUUAACUUGUGAUAAACCAGUUGUUCGUAAUAACUAUUUUAUUCAAACUGAUGAUAAUUUAGGAUGGUCACAUUCUAUUGGGAAUGAAGAUGAUGAAGUGGUUGGUUGGUAUACUGCUAAAAUUGCUAAAGACGUUCAAAAUUUAUAUUUUAGAAGUGAGAGACAAAGUUUAAGAAGAUUACCUAUUAGUGGAGCUGUUAUAUUUACUAUUAGAACUUAUUUCAUUCCUGUUGUUGAGUUAUGUCAAGAACCUUAUAUUCCUCGUCGUCUACUUAAUGGUAUUGCCAGUUGGAAUUCUGAGGUUGAAGAAUAUAAAGGAUAUCAAAAAUAUAAAGAUGUAUUAAUGCCUUAUUUAGAAGCCAUGGCUCAACAACAAGAAGCCAAUGGAUUAGCAAUUGAAGAUGAACCACAAGUGUUUCCAUUUUAAAAAAGUUCAUAUUUAUAUAAAUUUCUCAUAAUAAUAUACAUAUAG